ACGGCUCCUUCCCAAUGAGCCAGCGCAGCUUCCCGCCAUCCUUCUGGAACAGCACGUACCAGCCCUCCUCGGUCCCAGCCACCCUGAGCAGUCCCCUCGCAGCUGCCUCCCCCAGCGAGCUGCCCUUCCACCAGGGUGGCCCCGAGCCCUGGCACCAUGCUCACCACCACCACCAUCACCACCACCACCCCUACAUCGGGACACAGAGCACUGCCUACCCCCGCCCCGCCGCCAUGCACGAAGUCUACGGGCCCCACUUUGACCCCCGCUAUGGCUCGCUCCUGGUGCCCCCCGCCUCCGUCCGCCCCCACCGCCUCACGCCCGCCUCCGUGCCCACACCGGUCAGUCCCCCCUGUGAACUGGGCAAGAGUGAAGCAGGUGCCGCCGCAGCCUGGACAACACCGGGACCCUUCCCCAACGCAGCAGGAGACAUGGCACAGAGCCUCGGCCUCAACGUGGACCCAGCUCGCCGUUAUUCCUUCUGUGGUGGAUCCCUUCUGAGCUGA